AUGACUACAAGUGCAACUCUUACGCGCAGCGGUACCCAGAGUAAAUCUGCUCCUACUGGUCUUCCAAACCAAACGCUAUACUGUACCAAUCUUCCAGAUAAGCUUCACAAGUAUGACCUACGAAUUUCGCUUUAUACUCUUUUUUCCACGUAUGGCACAGUUCUGGAUGUCGUGGCUAUGAAAACCAAAAAAAUGCGUGGCCAGGCCCAUGUUGUGUUCAAAGAUGUCCAAUCCAGUACGCAAGCAAUGCGUGCCCUUCAGGGGUUUGAAUUUUUUGGCAAGCCGAUGAAAAUUGUUUAUGCCAAGGGUUCCUCCGACAUCAUUUCUAGACUCCGUGGGACCUACAGUUUGGUACCAACAGGUGCAACACAAACUGUAGUUGCCUCUACAGAUCUUCAAAAGACUAUCUUCAGUGGACCUCCAGGGUCGGCAGUAUUACCGCCCAGACCCGCUGGUGAGACCAACGGUGAACCUCAAGCUACCCACGGGGUCAAGCGGGCUCGAGAUGAGGAAAGCGAAGAAGGGGAGGCGCCGAUGGAUGAGGAUAGUGACGUUCCAAUGGAGGCUUCAUCGGAUGAGGAUUAA